CGCGCAGCAGCAUAUCCUCUCCGGAAAGUCAGGACGAGCCGAGGAUCGGAAAGAGCAAAGCUGAGAAGCUCUUUCUUUGAUGAAGCAUGGCGCUUGAGACUUACUCUUCAAGUAAUCCAGGCCAAGUCCAUACCGACGUCCUCCUCAAAUCCAGAGAAGCUUGCUACAAGGCGAGGGAUGCAUUUUACGCUUGCUUAGAGAAAGAAUCUGGCAAGAAGCCGACGGAAAUUGGAUCGGUUGGUCUCCUGUACCCGAUGGAAUGCAAAGACUCGAGGGCUGAGUUUAUCAAGCACUGCCGCUCUUCUUGGGUGAAGCAUUUUGAUCGUCAGUACUGUAAGAACAAAAGAGUGCAAAGACUAUUGGAUGAUGGAGGGACGAGACGAGGUCCGUUGUUGCUUCCACAACCUUAUACAUUCAAGCCUACUUCUACUAGUUAGAUUUCUUCUUGAUCUUAUUCUAUAUUCUUUGUUAAAUCUAGGCCUCUUAGUUAUAUGGGUCUUAAUUGCUGGUCUUCUUGUAAGGCUAUGCAUUCGUGAUGCCAGAUUCCACUUAUUUGCUUUCUGUGGUUUUUGGGUUACCUAGUGUUUAAAACUUAAUAGAGAAAGAAACUGGUAAGAUGAAAUGGUUAAGUUUAUUUAUUGUUUGGCAGGGGUAUAAAGCUUUUACUUGGCCACUAAGGAAGAGGGAAGUGGUCAUCGUGGUUGAUAGUUGGGUAAAUCUUACACGCCAUGUUUUAAAGUAAGUACAGGGAGGGAGUGAUUGGAACCUUACAACUUGCUAUGACCUUAGGGCUUUUUUUUUUAAUUUCCUUGGAACAAGUUAUCAUUGACAUGGUGUAGAGGAAUGUAUUUAGGCUGAAAGGAUUUAUCUCAACCAGUAUGAUGAAUGAAAUUUUCAGGCUUGCUUGUGCCAUUCUCUC